UUCCGGUUUAACGUUAUGUCAGCUCGCUAGUGCAAUGACAUUGUACCAAACAGAAGUCGGAUCGCCGAGUGGUUUACAGUGUGUUAUUUCACAGACUUUGAACGCUCAAACUUAGCAUUGACAUUGCCGUCAACAUGUCCUCCGCCUCCACAGGUUUUCCGGAGGAGCGGCAGCGCAGAGGAGCACAGAUACCAGUGGGCAUGGAGUACAUCCCAACAGAGGAAGAGAAGAGGGUGUUCAGAGAGUGCAACCAGGAGAGCUUUUGGUACAGGUCGGUGCCCUUCUCUGUGGUCGGCAUGGCUAUCACACAGGCCCUAGUUGCCAAAGGGACGCUCUCUGCAUCUGCAAGGUUUGGAUCUCUACCCAAAGUGGUCUUUGCUGGCUUCUGUGGCUAUCUGGCUGGGAAAAUGUCAUACAUGAAGACGUGCCAGGAGAAGUUCAAGAGGUUGGAAAACUCCCCUCUGGGAGAGGCCCUCAGACAGAGGACGGGAUUCCCUCCAAAACUUUCCAAGGCUCCUCAGUCAGAGAUGAGUGACCCAGACAUCCAGUCAUUUGACACCAUGUUCCAGCAAGCAGAAGCCCCAAUCCAGAGAACCUACACUUCAGAGUCACCCGUGCAAAUGGGGAGAGUAGAUGACUUCAGCGCUCCAGCCCAGUCAGAUGUGGAAGAAGAGGAACCGACGAGGAAGUCCAUCCUCUAUGAGGACCUGAGGCUCAAGAACAGGGAGAACUAUGAGGUCACGCUCACUCAGAGGGCCGAGACGCUGCUCAAAACAACACCCGAGAAGGAGCCAAAAAUACCCAAGAAAGAGG